AUUUACAGACAAUGAUCCGACUGGUUUUUAUUUACAGACGUCUCCAGUAACACCUUGGAUCAGACCAAACAUUCUGUUGUCUCUUUGUUGGAUGGAAGGAAUCAUCAGAGCUCCAGAGCUGCAGCACCAUGGCCAAGGGCAAGAAGAGCAAACAGGCUAAAGGUCCAAGCAUCUCCCUGAAAGCGGCUCAGGACUGUGUGGAGCUGACGCUGGAGGGGAAACGCCGUCUGGACCUCAGCUACAAGCAGCUCUCCACGGUUCCCCGGAGCCUCCAGAAGCUGGGCGAGAUGGACCAGCUGGACCUGAGCAGGAACCUGAUCACCAAGCUCCCCAUCUUCAUCGACGUCUUCAUCAGCAUCCGGGUUCUGGACCUGCACAGCAACUACCUGGAGGAGGUCCCGGUGACCAUCGGCCGUCUCCAGAACCUGCUGGUGUUGAACCUGUGUAACAACCGUCUGACCAGUGUUCCCAGUGAGCUGGGGCUGCUGGGUAAACUGACCACGCUGCUCCUGGGGAUGAACCAGCUGGAGGCGCUCCCUGCCUCCAUCGGCGCCCUGAAGGAGCUCCGCCACAUCGGCCUCUCCGACAACCGCUUCACCCGCGUGCCGCGCUGCCUGUCCAGGCUGGACCGGCUGCAGAAGGUGAACCUGGACAGGAACCCGGUCCUGAGGGAGGAGACCCCGGGCCCCCAGGCCCUGCUGGUCUCAGAGAGGCUCUACCUGGUCCAGGAGAACCUCCUGUGUGAAGACUGCCUCCUCAGGUGCCAGACGGAGAGGGAGAAGGUGGAGGAGGUGUUAGACAGGAAGGAGACGCCGUCUGAUGGGUCAACAGGACCUCCGGACUCAGCAUGA